UAGUCAGCAUCAGUCCAACAUGGCCGACGGACUGUCAUUCGGGUGACAUAUCAUUCAAUUUUCGAUUCAAAAAGGAUGCUCCUGAACGAUUUUCACGAACGAAACAUGUUUCACGGCUAUUUUUAUAUAAAAGUGUAAACGACAUUGAUUAAUUUGCAACGAUUGACACCAUAAGUAUUGCCGUGUGAAAAUUAAUCGAAAGAGUGGCGACGCAACAACUGGUUUUGCUACGUUGAUACAGUGGCACGCAAAAAUCAUUGUCCACCGAUGAUUGAAUAUAAUCUGUAACAAAGUAUAGUUCAAUGUGUUUACAUUAUUAUGAAAAAGUGUGAGUACUGAGCAUCGAUUGAAAAUGUAUAAAAAUUAUGUGAAUUUUCUAUAAAUUAAAUGAUCGUUCAUUAAAAAAUAAAGUAUUUGACAAAAAUUAUAUUUCUGCUUCUCAAGGAUUAAUAAACAUAUUGACAUAAUUCACUUAAAAAGUGUAAUAUAAAAUAUAUUUAGAAAUAAGCAUAUGGGUUUAUCUCGUUUUAUGUCAACGAAAAAUGGGAAAUUCUGGUUUAAAACAGCAUUACGAGACUGCAAAGAAAACCGGAACAUUAAAAUUAUCACGAAGAAAACUCCACGAAUUUCCACAAAAUUUAUUAGCUUUGGCACCGUUGCUACGUACAUUGGAUUUAUCGGAAAACGAAUUUGUUCAUAUUCCCGAUAAUAUUGGUAAUUUUACAUUAUUAAAACUAUUGAAUAUUAAUCAUAACAAAUUGACAACUUUACCCGAAGCACUUGGAGCAUUGACAAAAUUAGAAUGUUUAAAUGCAAGCGCGAAUCAAAUAAAAACUAUCCCAUGGUCAUUGUCAAAACUAACACGAUUGAAACAAGUUAACUUAUCUGAUAAUCGUAUAACCGAAUUUCCUCCUAUGUUUUGUGAUUUAAAAUUUCUGGAUGUAUUAGAUCUAUCGAAGAAUCGAAUUACGACAAUCCCUGAUGCGGCUGGAGCGUUACAUAUAGUUGAACUUAACCUCAAUCAAAAUCAGAUAUCAACUAUAUCUGAGAAAUUGGCGGAAUGUUCGCGCUUAAAAACAUUAAGACUUGAAGAAAAUUGUUUACAACUGAAUGCAAUACCUAGUAAAAUUUUGAAAAAUUCUAAAAUUUCAGUCCUGUCUGUCGAAGGAAAUUUAUUUGAAAUGAAACAAUUUGCUAAUCUUGAUGGUUAUGAUAACUACAUGGAAAGAUAUACUGCUGUAAAGAAAAAACUCUUUUAAGAGAUAUUUUAAUGAACAUUUUUUAUUUAUUACUGAAUCUAUUAUAGGUAAUUAUCAUACAUAUAUAAUUAUUUUAUAACAUUGAAAAUGAUGCCGCAUCGUGUUCGCGUAAUUAUACUCGAUACCUGCGAUAAUAUAAUAUAGAAUAUAAUAAAAUUUUCAAAUUAAUUGAUAAUAAUGUUUUUAAUAAUGUGAAUGCUUAUACGAAAAAACAUUUUUUUAUAAGGCGUUCGUUAAAUGAGCACGAUAAACUAUAUAGAGAUAUAUAUAAAACCAUUGAUCUAAUGCAGUACUCAUACUAGAUUAUAAUUUUUAUUACACGGAUUAUAAAAUGACAUUCUAGUAUUUCGUAUCACACUGCAAUUAUUAUAAAAAUGUUCUUAUACGCAAUAAUUACAAUUCUUAUGCAUCGUUAAGAUGCAUAAAUAAAAUGUAUUAAAUAAUAAAAUAUGUUUUA